AUGUCCACGCCAGCAGACGCCCACCAACGAACGAUAUACGCCCCGGCGGUCAUCUCAAACACCUCAAUAACAACCGUGAAGUUCCUCUCGGCGUGCUUCGCUGGUGCCGCGGCUGGCAUUCUUGGGCUGGUCAACUGGGCCGGCUUCAUUCUCUUUCUCGUCUCAACACUGUUCACGACGGGGGUCAUAUACGCGGUGAACUGCAAAGGCCGCCCGAGAAAGUACUUCCAAGGUGGUGUGAUGGAGGUGAUGAACCCAGGACAGGACAACGCGUUUACGUUCGUGCUCGUGUGGACUUUGUUCUACGACUAA